UAAACCCCAGCGACUCGAAAGCGUCCUCACUCUAUACGAGAAGACAGUCUAUGUAUAAAGCCACGGCGCACACCGUGAACACACGCACAUAAACUCAGUCAGCGAAGGAGAGAACGCGCGCGCACGUGUCCAUCCGCUGGAGAUUCGCUUCAGGUGAGCGAGGAGAGAUUGACACCCCCGGCGAUCAACGUUCUCCACGUCGGUGUACCUGUCGUCGCCGUUCGUAGAGGCCGUGCACUCACCCGCGAGCAUCCCCAAGGGAACAACCCCGCGAGCGCAAUCCUCGAGGACGAGGAGGAGGCGUUCGGUUUCGCGCCGAAGUCACCAAGUCGCAGGAGAGAGAGAAAGUGCCGACGCGCACGCUCGCUGGUACCGGCGACCCCGUCCGCGGUGACGUUCGAGAACAACCCCGCACCGCACUGCGCCCCACUGCAAGGUGAAGCGCGCGCCCCGCGCGGAAGAACUCGAGGAGAGGAUUGCCCGGCGGUGACCACUGCGCGUCUCUCCCGCAGCUGUUGCACGUGUGCAAAGGACGAAGAUGUCGACAACGUGCUACUGCAACCUGAAAAUGAUCGUCAUCGUCACGAUCAUGGCCACGCUGUACUACCCGGCUCUCAUUGACACGGCGGCGAUUCGCCCCGAGAAGCUUAGCGAGCAGGAACAACGCAACUUUGCACUGCUGCAGAGUCAAAGGAGCAUGAGGAUCCGACGUUCCAUAGAGAGCAUGGAGGAGGAAAAGAUACCGAAACGGAAUUGCUACAACUCGGCCUGCGGCUGGGCGGUUUACGACCCUGUCACGCGCAACAUCGAGUACUUCAUGAAAAAUGCUUGCACGUGUCCUGACGAGAGCUACAAGUGCGUGCGCACCGGUGAUGACCUAUCCGCAAGUGCGUACGUGUACCGCUGCCGCCAGAACACGACGGCGGACGACAUCGAGUCACCCGAAGACGCCAACUGAGGCAAGGCCGACGUCGUCGUCACGGAACUCGUCGACAUGCCAGCGCGGCCAUAGUAUAAUUAACAUCGAAUUAAGACAUAUAACACGUGAAAAGGAUCAGGAUAUCAGGUCGUGGUCGAAACGUUGUGUCACUUUCGAAUUAAUAAACUGCCGGCGUGUUGAAGAGGAAUUUGUUUGUUCGUCGUACUUUCUGGCUGAUCGAAAGAUUUGUUAUUCUAAACUAUCUCUAAUUCACAAACUUCGUUUUUGGUAAAGUUUUAGUGAAAUCAGCACAAUAUCACCAGUGCGUCUCCCAGGGAGAAAUAAGCCUAGACUAAUAGGAAAUAGGAUAAGGAUUUCAGUUCGUUGUAUUCGUGCGCAGUAUUUCACUUAGCGUCAUGUAAUGUACAGGAAAAAACGUAAAUUAUCACUACUUUGCGAUUAAAUAUAUGAUAAAUGAGCGAUAUACUGUACGCUUAUUGUCUCUAGUUUUAUCACUUUUAAUACAAUAAAACCAAGCCACAGAAA